AUGUUGAUUGUAAUCAUUACGCUUCUAUACAGAGAAGAUGAAGAACUCUCUGCUCACAGCUGUCCUUUUACUUGCAACAGUUGUCUUGAUAAACAAUUUUUUUUUUUUUUUUUUUGCUCUCCAGAUUCCUGCAGCUGCACGAGCUGGAACUCUUCGUUCUGCUGGCAGCUCCCAGACUGGGACAAUGAAUUGGUGUGCUACAGAGAAUUUAGUGAGGAUCUAACCUGUACCUGGCUGCCAGUACCUAGCGCUCCUAAUACAGUUAAUUACACCAUAUACUUAAAAUGGAACAAAAUACGAAAACUUUUUCAACGAAACACAUCAUCCCCUUACAUCACAAUUGAACGAAAGAAUCUCUACAUUGAGCGAUUUGCAUACAUUUGGAUAGCAGUGAAUUACGCUCAUGCCAGCUGUGUAAAAGGAAGGAACAUCUCAGUUUUACUAAGCAAAGCAGGGAAGUGCUUGACACCAUCUAACAUAAAUGCUCAUCAGAUCACAAACCAGUUGAUAAUAAAGUGGGACCCGCCCACAACCCCUACACCCUAUGAGCUGAGAUACAGAGAGACGCUCACAGAAUCCACUCAGUGGACCGUGGUGCCCGUAGAAAGCAAUGCUGUCAAUAUCACCAUUUUGAAUUUAAAUCCUGUGUCUUCAUACAUCGUUCAGCUCAGAUGCAUAGCCAACGGUGGUCUGAACUGUGUUUGCGUUUGGAGCAAAGAGAUUUUUGUCCCUCACAAACUCAUGAAUAAGCCAAGAAUAUCAUAUAAUGUAACUACGCAAAUCUCUCCAGGAAGAAGAAGUGUUCUUCUGAUGUGGGAGGUAACACAAAGUGAGAACAUCCUUGGAUAUUUCGUUAAUGUGGAAAGAAUACCCAACAGUUGCAGUGACUCACCAAAUCGCAUCUUUCUCAAUGACAGAAAAAUUCUUCUAAAUCUCUCCAUGGCUUACUAUAGAGUUAAUAUUUCUGCCUAUAAUGAAGCAGGAGAAUCUCCACAAGCCAUCUACAUUGUCCCAGAAUUCUCUGCAAUAGACUUACCUGGUCAAAUUCAUGUCAAACGCCAGGGAACUAAUGCCAUUGUCACCUGGACUCCAGAAUACAAUCCAAAAUGUUUUGUGGUUGAUUGGGGCACUGGUAAAGAGGAUAUGCACAUGAAAAUAAUAACUACAGCUACUGGAAAUUUCACGCUAGAUAAUUUUCAGCCUUAUAAGUUGUACAAAAUAGUGGUACAUGCGUCUGAUGUGUGUCGGUGUGAAAGUUUCAUAAGACAUGAAAAGACUUUUGGAGUGACGCGCUUUUACUUUGUGGAAGGAGUUCCUAGGACAGGUCCCACUAAUGUGACAAUUCUGAAUAUCACAAAGCAUUCUGCACUUGUGAAGUGGAACGAAAUAGCUGCUGAAGACCGUUUGGGCUUUCUCCGGGGAUACAGAAUCAGCUACACAGAUUCAUCAAGGAAAAAGUCUCUGGCUAUUACUCUCAAUUCUUCUACCACAAGUUACCAUCUUACCGGACUGAAGGAAAAAACCAUCUAUCGUGUCCAGAUUUCAGGAUUCACUGAUGCUGGAGAAGGACCUCUGACUCUAUCACAACCUUUCAGCACUCCAAAAAAUGAUAAAGGAUUUGAAGGUUUUGUGAUUGGCCUUUUCUUCAGCAUUACAUUCAUUCUGGUUUUUGCACCUCUCACUUGUUCUCUGGUGCUUCAAAGACUGAAAAUAUCAUGCUGGCCCAGUGUACCAAGCCCAAGAAACAGCAGUGCACUCCAAGAAAUGACUAACUGGAAACCUGUUUCAAGUUCACUGCUUCAGGCCCUGUCAGACAAUGACACCACCAGUCUUUUUGUUAUAGAGCAUGAGGCAAAGGCUCCUCUGAAGAUUGGCCUCUUUACAGAUGGUGGAGAAGACAGCACGUGUGACGCCUGCCAGUCAGAAAAACCUAACAAUAACAUAGACAUAAGCCAGAGGCGUGAAGAAAUCCCUGCAGAAGCAGUUACAAGUGAAGAAGGUAUCAUUUCCUUUACAGUACCACUCUUGAGUGACUACACCAGCAUGGAUUUCAGUCAGAAAGCCCUGAUGAGUCUGACAGUGAAGCUUCCUGAAAGAGCUGCUCAUCCUCAUCUGGAAAUGGAACUAAGCAGUAAGCCUUCACAAACUGUGCAUAAGGUAUUGUUUGCUCCCCAAGACUACCUCAAACAAAGCCAGGUAGUACUGUUGUCAUCUGGACCAACUUCCAUUGGACAAGUCAAUUUGAACUGAAGCCUCUUCAUAAUUUUCCAUACCAUAAAAUCAAGUUCCAAAACUUCUGAUACUUGACUAGGGUCAUUAGGACUGUAUAGGACAGUGAGCUUGGGGCAAUAGUUUCCUCUACUUCAGGAAAAUUUCUUGGUGAGAUAGAUUGAUUACACAAUUAGAUUAGCUAUUGCACCACAGUCAUUCUGUGGAAAGUCCUACCAUCUUACAGGGAACUAUAGGAAAAACCUUCCAGUAAGGUACCUCUUGCUAGAUACUUAGUCCCAGGGCACUCAGGAGCCAUUCAAACUUCCACUCUAAGCACAGUGUUUUUGUUGUCAUCAGUAAAAUUCUUUAACUACUAUGACCAGUUUAAGAUCUGAUUUUCAGAUCUCAUAAGUUCUUCUUAAGUAAAAUUACAUCAUACAUAAAAAAAAUCAGCAAAAGUAUCUACACUCCAAAGAAGCUCUCCAGCAGGUCAAAGUGGCCAAAGAAAACUGUAAAGCUUUGAAAUUAAGAAUUGAAAAUUAUGUUUAUCAAUCUGUUGAGUGUUUUACAUCUUAAGAUUUACAUUGUAGAUAAACAGUGUGUAAAUGAAGAUGCUGAUAGCUUUCAGUAAUAGUACUGGAGAUUUUACUUGCAUUAAAUUAAGGCUAUUUCUUCCUAUAUUUAUCUAUACAUACAGAGAAACCCAUUCAUGAUGGGUUCUGAGAUGUAGUUCUAGAUAUGAUUUCAUGCUGCAUGCAAUGACAGUAUCUGUUGAAUAGACUUCAAGAGCUGGAUAGAUAGUUCAGUUUGUGAUCCCUCCAAAGAUUGGAUGGAAGAGGAUAAAAGGGGCAUAAAAGGGUCUUUCUUAAUAUGCUUUCUAUGUGAUUCCAUCAUGUAUCUCCACAAUGCAAGGAAGUCUGAACCAUUUUUCUACCUUACAAGAACUUCUCAGUCAUGAACUCUAUAGGUAUUAAUGCUUUGCUGUUAUUUAAAAAAGCCUAGUUUUUUGUUGUCUCUAACUCAAGGAGCAUUUUAUUAAAAGUUGAUCAACUAUACUGUUAGCACCAGAGGGUCCAUAAAUGGACAUUUUUUAAAAUUCUCUUAUUAAAAAUGAGGGACAAUUCACAUUCACACAAGUAUUUCCAUGCAUACUUGGCAGUAUGACUUACAGAAUAGCCAUACUUGCAAAAAGCUCAAAAAAAUUCCAUAUCCCCCGCUUCAUUGAUUUAGUGAGGCCCUAUAACAAAACCUCUUUUAUUCACUUCUCUUAUUUAAAUUCACUCUUUCUUUAUUUAUGUAUCUCUAUAUCUGCUAGGACUGGCAGGAAUUAACGUGUCUUUCACUGUGAGUUGUGCACUGGGUUUUUUUCUUAAAACUUAGAAUUCAUUAUUCUCCCACAAAACAAUGUACACCUUCUCACUCGUGUUUGGUAAAUCUGGUAAUUUAAAAAGUGGGUAACAGGAGCACUCCACAGAGACUGCAAAGGUUUGGACAGUCUUUUAAAUGUCUUUCUUCUUUGUUUAAACCUUCAAUCUGGUGACUUUGCCUGAUUUGAAUUUAGGAGAAUGCAAAUGAUCCUGCUAUCAGUGGAGCUAUUGUUACUUGUAAUAUUUAAUAGUGGGGUCGAAAUGAAAAACUGUUGAGGACAACGAAGUCCCAGUAUAUAAUUACUAUCAAAUAGUCAUAAUUUGUCCAUUUCUGAAAUAUAAGAAUUAUCCACAGUCCUUACUUACAAUAUUUCUUUCAUUUCUGAUCAGAGCAACUUAUUUUCCUUGUGCAGUUGGUACUUUCAAUAGCUUACUCAUCCCUGUAAUUAUUGAAAUCUUUUUUUCUUACUCUGCACCUUCCAAACCAGUACAUAUUCUGUUAUGGAUAAAGUAAAUAAGUAGAAUUAAACCUAAGAUUUGCAAACAGUUUCAGUACCUGAAGCAGCCUUCAUAAGUGAAACUCAAUAGACAGUUAGGGCUUUUGACCUAGUGAGCAUUAACUCCAUGAUAUUAGUCAUUGUCUGACAUCCUGCUAAAGAAAAUGUAUAUAUCAGGACAGAAGAAUUGUCCUAGAAGAACACAUGGCUCUCAAAUAGAAGAGAUGGACGUAUUGCACUUUCAGUUAUAAAGCUCACAGAAUAUGUAAUUCUUAACUGAUCUCAUUAGAGCAAUAUUUUAUAUAAUGGCUAUAACCAGUACAUAUGGGAGAAUGAGAGAUACAUGAAAAACCCUGGUGUGAAGAUUAGAUAUAAACUAAGAACUCAUCCCAUCAUGAUGUAUUUUUUGAGAGCAAAGAAUCUUUUAUGUGGAGAGAAAUAGAGGAGUACACUUGUUAAAUAGUUUCAUCCAGCCAAAAAGGACGCUUUAUUGGAAUAAUGCACCUACUUAGAGACACGGGAUUAGGAGACACAGGUUAGGGUAAAAUAGUUUUCUGUGGUUUGUUUUUUUGGUUGGUUCUUUUAUGGGGAUUUUUAAUUGUACUGCCUGACCUCUUCGGGCAGUUUAAAAAGGUGUGUGCAUAACCGAUGUGACUGUACAGUGACUACAGAACCCUUCCUCUACUAAUAAACAUGUAAGAUAGUUCAUUCCAUGUGCUAGAGUACUAUUCAAGGAGUUUCAGUUGUGUUCUUAGCUUCAAUAGUCUCAGCUUCAAUACAUGUUAUACUAAGAGUGAAAUUGAAGGUAUGAAGACUCAAGAUCACAAAGCCCAAGGCAUUUCAUAGUUAUUUUUUUCCUUUCUUUUCCCAGUCAAAUAGCUCUAGAUGACCACUGUUAGCAUUAGAAUUUAGAUAAGAUAAAAGCUUAGACACUUAACUGCAGGUCUGGAGGCACAUAAGCAUAGUGAUUUAUAGCAUUGGGUAUUAUACUGCAAGGUUACAACGUGUUAGCAUUUUAUAUUCACAGAGAAAGGAAUGAAAAAUUCAGUCACUAAUACAGACUCUAGAAACAUGCACAAAGCAAGGGUAGUACACACUCAUUUUUUUUCUGGUAUCCAGAGUAGUUGUUUUUUCUUGCAUGGACAUGAAGGUGUAUUUUUUACUUUUUUGGGGGGGGCGAGGGGUUGUUUGGUUUGGGUUUUUUUUUGGUUAAUGCUUAAGGUUUGACUACAGUGCAGUAGUUAGCACUGAAAAUAAUUAGUGCUUCAGAGAAAAAUAAAUAGGUACUCAACCUGGAAGAGGAGAUUGUGGCAACCACAAGAGGAUUUUUCACUCUGUAUUAGUUACCAAAUGAGUAAUAGUAACUACCAAGUAUCUACAAAUCCCCUAAAACCCUAAGCCUUUGGAGUACUUCAACAACCCUGAAAGCCACGUCUAUGGCACAAUGGUAUCUGCACUUGAGCCGAAUCCUGUGGAAAGCAAGGGACAUCCUAUCCAUCGAGUCAACCCCACUUACUGCUACAAAAAUUGCAAAAUAAUAGAGCACUUCAUGAAAGACCUCUGCUUACAGAAGAUACUUGUCUUGGAGCUCUUGACUCUGUGUCACAGGCUUUUGGUUUGCCCGUUUCUCUCUCUCUCGGUGGCACUGUGUAUCUGCUGCUUGAAUGGUUUAACUGUAUCCUGGCACUGCAUUGAUGGAACCUGUAUGAACCUGGGUAAUAAAACUUGUGACAGCUUACAGCACUCAAUUCUGAGCAAUGUUUAUAGAAGAGUGCUGCUAAUUCUAAUCACUCCAUACCAAUGGUGGUAAGGUGGGAAUAAUCUUAUCUUUGUAUCUAUUUCACUUCUACAGCAGAAGCAUCAGUUUGAUUAACAAAAUUGAAAGCAACCUGCUAUGCUAGAAAUGGUCAUUCGCAUUGCCCAUCCUCAGAGACCCCUCGAGUGCUUCACAGAAUCACAGAAUCAUUGAGGUUGGAAAAGACCUUUAGGAUUGAGUUCAACUGCAAACCUAACACUGCCAAGCCCACCACUAAACAGUGUUCUUAAAGUGUCUUCAGGAAUGGUGACACUUACAGUUAACCAGACAGUCUGUCCCAAGGCUUGAAAAUCCUUUCUGUGAAGAAAUUUCUUCCAAAUAUUCAAUCUAAACCUCCCCUGGUGUAAAUUGAGGCCAUUUCCUCCCAUUCUGUCACUUGUUGCCUGUGACAACAUACCAAGCUCCACCUCACUGAAACUGCCUUUCAGGUAGUUGUAUAGAGCAAUCAAGUCUCCCUUGAGCCUCCUUUUCUCCAGGCUAAACAAGCUCAGCUCCCUCAGCUGCUCCUCGUAAGACCUGUGCUCUAACUUCCUUGCACAAAGCCUUCCCUGGGUGAAGACUAAAACUUUUACAGAAACAAAUGAACCAAGGAAAUAACCUGGAUUUAUUGAACUGGUAGACACAGGCAGGACAAAGGAAAAUCCUGAGGAAUGAUAGGCACAGCUACAGCCAGCCCUGACAGGGAAGCUGACAUGGAAUUGACUCAGGUCCUUACUGGAGACACUGGAGUCUAGGCAGGCUGGAGAGCGGUGGACAUGCUACUUUAUCUGAAACUGACAAAGUCAGUUUUCAGUAGAUUUCUACCACAGAAAUGGAUAGCAGAAUAAUAAAGCCCUCAUGGGUAUUCUCUGACCUUUUCCAAACAGUAAUUGCUACUGUUAACUUUGCUGGAAGUGGUUCAAGCCAAGGUACUUAGCAAUCAGCAGUAAUCACCUUUCUUGUGAGUUGUAAUUAAAUAACCUUUCUGGCACUGAUUUAAUUUGUGUGUGUCCUAGUUAGAACAGCUGGGACCAAUUCAUCACUGGAUGGGUGUAACCCAAAACUGUGUAUUCUAUGGCCCUCCAUGCCAUUUCCCAGAAACUGUUAUCAAUAGAGCAUUUACACCCUCUGUCCAGAGCAGCCUGACUCCUCAGGCUAUAAACUAGGCGUUAAGGGGCCUGCGAGAUAGGAAGAUGCUCCUGUCCUCACACCCUUUUAUGGAAUUCCCCACUCUGAGGGAAGGACUGAGCAUUCCUGUCUGAGCUGGAGAAUAUAUAAACUUGGAGUUUUGGAACCUUUUUACCACUCGUGGGAUCCAGAGGAAGACUGCAGAUCACAUCUCUCAACCAGACUGAGACCACCACCCUCGACUGGACUGCAAUCACCACUUUUGACCAGACUGCAACAGCUCUCCCACCAGCAGGUUUUUCCCCUCUCCCUUUACUUUGGACUCAGGGGAGGCACAAGGAACACCACUUUGUUCAUGCCCCAGGGUGCUGGGUUAUACAUUCAGGUUUUGUGGGUUAAGACCAACUGUUUGUCUGUAUAAUUGUACUUAUUGUAUUAUUUUAUUAAAUUGUUAUUCUGACUUAUAA